CUUGAUUUCAGGAUCAUGUCUGUUCUUCCUAAAGCGAUGCGUACAAUGCGUAUCAUUGCUUUGCCUCUUGUUCGCCCAAAGGUCCCACCUGAUCAAGGCCUAAAGCCACACGCAGUUUUCAACCCAAACCGCAUGCUUAUUUUCUACCACUUUGACCUCUCUCAAGGCAACAGUGUUAAAAGUCAAGAUCAGUCUUCUAUAAAGCGAGCAGUGAAAUGGGCGUCCACAAAAGCUGCCGACCUUUGGGCUGGUUUUGGAAAGGCACCCGAAGGCAGUUGGAAGUUGAAAACUUAUGAGCUUGGCGAGCGCAUCGUCGACCGCAUAGACUUUGAGGAGCUAACCCUGAAAGGCGUUGACCCUUCUUUAGGGCCAUCGAUUACUCACGCAGAAAUAACUGGACAAGAAGCAAAUGAGGUAAAUUUCUCGGAAAAGCAAAGUCCGAGGGAGGCCUUGCGAAUACCCCUCAUUUAUCCGCCAUCCAUUUACGCUUCAUUACCGCCCAUGGGUGUGGAUGAAGUGUCGCAUCCCUCAAUUGUACACCUUCGCACGCUUCUAGCAAGUCGAGAGCCCCGGCAUCGCAGAGGGUUUUGGAUGUGGAUGGCAAUUGCUCCACUGACGGCUCCCUUCAUCAUUGUCCCUGUCAUACCCAACCUUCCAUUCUUCUUUUGUGUAUGGAGAUCUUGGUCACAUUACAGAGCAUAUAGAACUUCGCAGUAUCUAUCGUCCCUUCUAGAUCACGGCUUGAUUGCUCCAGAACCGAGCCCGGCACUUGAUGAACUCUACGCUUCUUACGUCCCAUCCUUAUCGAACAUCGAAAGUUUGCGCUCGCCAACGGCGCCCUCUCCUAAAUUCGCGACACAGCUACCGGUAGAUGCUUCAAGCACGAAUAACGGCUGCCCGCCCGAUGAUGUCACGGCUUCUCUAUCACAGCCCGGUACAUCUCACGUGCACAAGACCUCGCAACGGCUAUUGCUUACUCGCAAAGCCAUUCCGCAUAUCUUGCAGCUUUUUGGUCUUCCACAAUCGUCAGCGGCAGACAUGUAUCGCGCGGUAGAACAAGUGCGCGGACGUCUCGGAGGAACAUCCGGUCGGUGAUAAUUGACAAUGAGCUACAUGUUUUUAUUUAGUACUGGAGUGGCGAGUUCGAUGGGCAUUAUAUCCCAUGAUCCAGCUGCUUCACCGCCCAUCAACUAGUCGAUGUUCUAGGUCGUGAGUGUGGAUUUGCAAGGGGUACGCUUCGUAGCUUCGUUAAGCCAGGGCUGGCACCAUUUUAAUAAACUUUCUCAACCGUGUACAUUAGAAAUGGCACUUCUUUAUCUGUAAGCCUGUUAUCUCCUAUUGAUAUCCUCGAGGCAGCUUGUUUGACAUGCUAGCGUCAAACAAA